AUAUCCAUCCAUCACAAUAUGAUUUCAUAUGGCGUAACAUCCUUCUGCUCUCCGCUUACGUCAAUGUAUUUAUUUUUCGUUUCCCUAUCACGCUUCCUUUUCCGUCCUUUUUCAGUGAGCGAUUCAAGAGAACAGACCAGAUUUGAUCUUGGAUUCGCCCCUCCCCAUUGUUCAUCAUGAGUUCGCUCAAGCUGCAAAAGCGCUUGGCCGCCAGCGUCAUGAAGUGCGGCAAGAACAAGGUGUGGUUGGACCCCAACGAGAUCUCCGAGAUCGGUAACGCCAACUCCCGACAAAACAUCCGCAAGCUCAUCAAAGACGGUCUCGUCAUCAAGAAGCCCGUGGCUGUUCACUCGCGGUCCCGUGUCCGUGAGAACACCGAGGCCCGACGCAAAGGCCGUCACACCGGUCAUGGUAAGCGGAAAGGUACCAAGGAUGCCCGUACGCCCCAGAAGUCCCUGUGGAUGAAGCGGAUGCGCGUCUUGCGUCGUCUGCUCAGACGUUAUCGUGAGGCCAAGAAGAUCGACCGACACAUGUACCACGAGCUCUAUCUGAAGGCUAAGGGUAACGUGUUCAAGAAUAAGCGAGUCCUCAUGGAAUUCAUCCACAAGAAGAAGGCCGAGAAGACCCGUUCCAAGAUGUUGAGCGACCAGGCCGAGGCCCGCCGGACCAAGGUCAAGGAGGCACGCAAGCGCCGCGACGAAAGGAUCGCCCAGAAGAAGCAAGAGAUGCUCUUGGCUUUCCAGAAGGAGGAAGAGAGCUCUGGAGGCAAGAAGUAAACGGCGCCACGAUAUGUUCGUGUCCUAAAACUAACUGGGGUUUCGUGAUCAGUGGCGAGCAUCGUCCGGACUUGAACAUCUUACGGCCGGACGUUGCUCUUGAAUGCUUUCCUUAUUCGUCUGUCAUCCGAUGGAACAAUACACUUCCUUAUAAAUUGA